AUGGCAGCAGCUACUAAUAUCAAUAUUGCUUCAACCGGGAUCGUUCUGGAAGCGCUUACAAAAGACAACUACGACAACUGGAGCACUCUGGUGAAAAACUAUCUUGUUGGUCAAGGUCUAUGGCGUGGUAUAGUUGAGGCUGAUCAAAAUAGUAAUAAUAAUAAUAAAUCAGAAACGGAAGAAUGGAUAUCGAAGAACGCAAAGGCUUUACACGCCAUUCAACUGGCGUGUGGAUCAGAGAACCUCUCCAACAUAAGAAAAUUCGAAAAGGCCAGAGAGGCAUGGAACCACUUGAAGAUCUCAUUCAGCAAAGACGUGAGAGCGUUUCCAGAUUCAGAUCAAGAACAUGGCAGUCACGUUCACAGGCUCCACAGUGCAGUAAAGAGAGGAUACUGGAACGACGCGAAAUCGUAUCAACAGGUACCCGGACUCUAUAUUCUCCACCGCAUCCUCCACGGGAAGGACGGUUCUCCACGUGGCAGUGGCUUCUGGUAA